UGUGUUGAUUGAUCUAUGAGGGUAUUUGGGGAUGGCGCUGAUUGGCUUUCUGGCAGUGUGUGGAUCACUGGUUGCUUGGGCGGAUCAGUUGAAGCAGGCCCGAACACCUUUAUUACACCACCGUCCGUUUGUGGUGGUGUGGAAUGCACCUACUGAAUCCUGCCGUCUUCGAUUCAAGGUGGACUUGGACCUUAGUGUCUUCGACAUUGUUGCUAACCACAACGAGACCUUGAGCGGCCCCAACGUGACUAUCUUUUACCACCGUCACCUGGGUUAUUACCCUUACUACACCAGCUCUGAGAUUCCCAUUAAUGGAGGCCUUCCUCAGAACCAAAGCCUGAGCAAACACCUCAGCAAAGCUCGAGCUGACAUCGACAAGCUCAUACCCUUCAAGGACUUUCACGGGCUUGGUGUCAUCGACUGGGAAAACUGGCGUCCGCAGUGGGUGCGCAACUGGGGAUCGAAAGACAUCUACCGAAACAAAUCCAAGGAGCUUAUAAGGAAGCUGCAUCCUGGUUGGCCACAAAGUAAGGUGGAAAAUGAAGCAAAGGAGCUCUUUGAGAGAGCUGGACAAGUAUUCAUGAACUCAACGCUGCAGCUGGCCAAAAGUCGACGACCGCAUGGUCUUUGGGGGUUUUACCUGUUUCCUGACUGUUAUAACUAUGGUUAUAAGCAGCAUCCAUUGCGUUACACAGGAGAGUGUCCUAAUAUUGAGCAUGUACGUAACGACCACCUGAUGUGGCUGUGGAAGGAGAGUACGGCCCUCUAUCCUUCCAUCUAUCUUGACUAUGAGCUCAAGUCUUCGGCCAACACGGUCAAAUUUGUGCACUACCGUGUCAAGGAGGCCAUGCGGAUCGCCUCGAUUGCCAGGAAUGACUAUACGCUGCCUGUUUUCGUCUACUCCAGACCUUUCUAUGCCUACACAUUUGUUGUCCUAUCAGAGAGUGACCUGGUCCACACCAUAGGAGAGAGUGCAGCACUGGGGGCCGCUGGGGUGGUCCUGUGGGGGUCAUCUGAAUAUGCAAGCUCUCAGAGAAACUGCAUGACAGUCAAGAAAUACAUUGACGGUCCACUGGGUCACUAUGUGAUCAACGUGACCUCAGCAGCUAAACUGUGCAGCAAAGCCUUGUGCAAGAAGAACGGCAAAUGUGUCCGUAAGAGCCUGAAUUCUGGGGCUUACCUGCACCUCAACCCUCGCUUCUUCAACAUCCGCCUCAACCAAGGCAUUCGUGGACCGCGUUUCCACGUCACUGGCCACCUCAACAACCACGAUAUCCUGGACAUGAAGCAAAAGUUCACCUGUCAGUGUUACCAGGGCUGGACGGGCAUCUACUGUGAGAUGCCCCAGAUAGCACAGCCUCUCCUGCACCACCCGAGAGACAGUAUCCUGGGAGAACUACUGCUGGUCCUGUCCCUUCAUUUCUCAUGUCUGUCUGUCAUCAUGUUCUUGGGUCUGUGUCUCAUUAUUAAGUGUCUGAUACUGUAAAGCACAGUGUAGAUGGCACUUUGGACUGUAUCUGUUAGGCGGAGUUAGCUGUAGCUAUAUCUGGAACUAUAUCUAGCUACAAUGUUUUGAGUCAAAAGUUUAAUUGAUCCUGACAAGCGUUCAUUGUCACAGUUGUGCAGAUUUGGCGUUGCUGCAGCUUGUUUCCAGGCGGGCUGUUAAAGAACGCGACACAUACUUGCCACACAGACAUGAGAGAUAUAUCUGUGGAAAGCUUGAAAUGUCUACUUUUAAAUGAAGUAAUUCAUAUCGAAAACAAAUAUUUUCUGUUUAUGUAAUCCUUAUAAUACCAAUGAGGGUUACAAUCUUUAAUGUCUAAAGGGUUUGACUGAUUAAUAAUCAGUCUCUAACCUGACGAAAACAUAUUUAUUCAAUGCUAUCCACAUUAUAUUUCAUCUCCAUUGUAAACUUUUAUAAAAAUAUGUUUGGUCAUUAACUUUUAAACACAUGAGAAGAGUAACUUCUUCGCAUGAAAGACCCACGACUGGCGGAUCAACGUGCUACUACAUUUCUCUCUGAUACGGUAGGAAAUUAAAUUAAAUUGUAUGUGAAGGAUUUUAACUGUGACAGGGCAGUGGCAGGGCAGUUUAAAUGGUUACAGGAUGCACAUACUAUUCUGCUACACACUCAAAAGUAUGUACUUUUUUCACAAAAACAGUACAUACACAAGUGUGGUUCGAUUCAUGAACAAAUAACUUUUUUAAAACAGUUCUUUUAAGUGAAUCAAAAGCAUGCAGAACAACCAAAGUAGUUUAAUUUAUGAACAAAUUACUUUUUUUUUUUCUUUUUUUUUUUAGUGAUUCAAAAACAUGCAGUAUAGCACAACAAACGUGGUUCGAUUCAUGAACAAAUGACUUUUUUUAAUAUCUGGUUCUUUUUAGUGAAUCAAAAACAUGCAGUAUAGCACAACAAGUGUGGUUAGAUUCAUGAACAAAUGACUCUUUUAGACUAGUUCUAUUUAGAGAAUUAAAAACAGAGUGCAACCAGUAUAGUUCCAUUCUUGAAUGAAUGACUCUUUUAAAUCUUUUUUUAGUCAAUCAUAAGCAUACAGAAUAACCAGAGUAGUCUGAUUCAUGAACAAAUGACUCUUUAAAAACAGUUGUUUUAAGCAAAUCUAAAACAUACAGCACAAGCAGUGUAGUUCCGUUCAUGAAUGACUUUUUAAAUUCUUUUUCUUUUUAGUGAAUCAGAACCAUAUAGAACAACCAGAGUAGUUUGAUUCAUGAACAAUUGACUCUUUUUAGUGAAUCAGAAACGUACAGCACAAGUACAAUUCUCAAACAACUCUUAUGAGCUAAUCCUUUUUGAAUCAUUCAAAAAGACUAACAAAUCAUUCAAAAAGAGAAUUAUGAAAUAUGCUCAAAUGAAUUUGAAUCUAAUCAAAGCACACUGAAAUCAGAAUCUAAUUAAAUUGGGAAAAUUUUCAUUGAUGCCCAGCCUAUUCAAGUUUGGCACAAUGACCAUAGUUUGAUUCAUGAAGAAAUUACUCUUUUAAACCCAGUACUUUUUAGUGAAUCAAAAACAAAGCACAACCAGUGUAGAUCAAUUCAUGAACAAAUGACUCUUUUGAGUCCAUCCUUUUAAUGAAUCAUUCAAUUAUUAUCAAUAAAUAUGCUCAAGAAUUAACAGUAAAUAUGCUCAAAGGAUAUCAGAUCAACUGACCUGAACUGAAUCAAUCAUCUGAAUUGAAUCAAAUUUAAUUGAAUCAGGAAAUCAGUAUCAGUACUCGGCCUAAUUGAAAACCCCAUAAUAUGUCUUAAAAUCACACAUUGGCAUAUACAUUCAGACAAGAGGAUUGUGUUGUUGUAAAUGUUCUAUAAAUUUUAAAAAAUAAACCACCUUGAGAUUUUUAACUCCA